AUGUCGAACCAGAUCCGUACCAUCAACCCCGCCACACAUGAAGUGAUCUUCGACCAGCCUGGCACUUCGCUCGAAGAUGCCAGCAAGAUCGCGAAGGCGUCCGAGGCGGCAUUUGAGUCUUAUCGCAAGUUGAGCUUGGGGGAGAGGAAGGAUAUCGUCAAGCGCGCGCUUGCAAUUCUUGCUACCAAGUACGAUGAGCUGGCUAAGGAGCUGACCAUGCAGAUGGGCCGACCCAUUAGAUACUGUGUUGGAGAGAUCAAGACUGCCGUGCUUCGUGCGGAGUACUUGCUUCAGAUUGCUCAAGAGAGCCUGGCUGAUUUGCCCGGUCAGCCCCAGGCUGGGUUCAAGCGCAUGGUCAAGCGCGUUCCUCUCGGACCUAUUCUUAUCGCCGGAGCUUGGAACUACCCCUACUUGACCACCGUCAAUGCCCUGAUCCCAGCUCUCCUGGCAGGAAACAGUGUCCUCCUCCGCCCUUCUCCCCAAACCCCUCUAUUCGGAAACAGACUCUUGGAGAUCUUCACCGCAGCAGGACUCCCCCCCAACGUCCUCCAAAUAGUCCACAUCGGCAGCCUGGACGUCCUCGAUCAAGUCGCUCAGCUCCCCGAAAUCCAGUCGAUCUCAUUCACCGGCUCCACCGCAGGCGGUAUCCGCCUCCGCGAAGCAACGGCUAAGCAGGUCAAGCCCGUGAACCUCGAGCUUGGAGGAAAGGACCCCGCCUACGUUCGCGCCGACGCAGACGUGAAGAGCGUUGCCGAGAACCUGGUCGACGGUGCAGUCUUCAACUCUGGCCAGAGCUGCUGCUCCAUUGAGCGUGUCUACGUGCACGAAAAGAUCCACGAUGAGUUCGUGCGCUGUGUCCAGCAGGAACUGGCGACAUACAAGCUCGGCGACCCCCAAGACAGCACUACAACAACCGGCCCCGUGGUCUCGGCACCUGCCAAGGUCAAGAUCCAAUACCACAUUGACGACGCUCUGAGCAAGGGCGCAAUCGACGUCACCCCGGAGAAUGCAACCUUUUCCUUGGCACAGACGGCAUUGAAAGGAAACUUCAUCGCUCCGGUCGUCCUGACGCAUGUCAACCACUCCAUGAUCACGAUGAAAGAAGAGACAUUCGGUCCUGUCAUGCCUAUUAUGAAGGUAUCCAGCGACGAGGAAGCUGUGUCAUUGAUGAAUGAUAGUGACUAUGGGUUGACUGCGAGUGUUUGGACUAAGGAUAUUGCUCGUGGAGAGGAGUUGAUUGAUUCCAUCGAGGCUGGGACGGUGUUUAUUAAUCGUUGCGAUUACCCUGCUCCGGAUCUCGCAUGGACUGGUUGGAAGACUUCCGGUCUGGGAUGUACAUUGGGCCCGCGUGGCUAUGACGGGUUCACCAAGUUGAAGAGUUACCACGUCAAGUACUCUUCUUAG